AUGACAGCAGAUAAACUAAUAGGUCCAAAGGUUCGAAUUACAUUGAUGAAAUUUCUCCCAAGCGUUUUUAUGGAUGCCAUGAGAGACAACCCUGAAGCUGCUGUCCAUAUUUUUGAAGGAACUCAUGAAAAUCCUGAGUUAAUUUGGAAUGAUAGUUCCAGAGAUAAAGUGUCCACGACAGUUAGAGAAAUGAUGCUCGAGCACUUUAAAAAUCAGCAAGACAACCCUGACGUAAACUGGAAGUUGCCUGAAGAUUUUGCUGUGGUCUUUGGAGAAGCAGAAGGUGAACUUGCUGUUGGAGGAGUUUUCUUGAGAAUCUUCAUUGCACAGCCAGCUUGGGUUCUAAGAAAGCCUAGAGAAUUUCUUACUGCACUGCUGGAAAAGCUAACUGAGCUUCUAGAGAAGAACAGUCCUCAUGGAGAGACUCUGGAAACUUUGACAAUGGCAACAGUAUGUCUUUUCAGUGCACAGCCUCAGCUGGCUGAUCAGGUUCCACCAUUGGGCCAUCUUCCCAAAAUUAUCCAGGCGAUGAAUCAUAGGAACAACGCCAUUCCUAAGAGUGCCAUUUGAGUUAUUCACGCCCUGUCUGAAAAUGAGCUCUGUGUUCGAACCAUGGCAUCUUUGGAGACCAUUGGCCCACUGAUAAAUGGAAUGAAAAAACGACCGGAUACCAUUGGUCUAGCCUGUGAAGCAAUUAAUAGAAUGUUUCAGAAGGAGUAGAGUGAAUUAGUAGCACAAGCCCUGAAGGUAGAUUUGGUCCCAUACCUUUUAAAAUUACUUGAAGGCAUUGGCCUUGAAAAUCUGGACAGCCCAGCAGCCACAAAGGCUCAGAUUGUUAAAGCUCUCAAGGCAAUGACUCGAAGCCUGCAGCAUGGAGAACAGGUGAAUGAAAUCCUGUCUCGUUCUUCAGUCUGGAGUGCCUUCAAAGAUCAGAAACAUGAUUUGUUUAUUUCUGAGUCACAAACAGCAGGAUACCUCACAGGACCUGGAGUUGCUGGCUGCCUUACUGCAGGGACAUCCUCAUCAGACAUGUCCAACUUGCCGCCUCCUGUAGACCAUGAGGCAGGUGACCUUGGCUAUCAGACGAGAAACUUUCAUGAGAGACAAUAAACGCUGAAAGGCCAGUGCCCUGUCCACAUUCCUCCAGCUGAUCCAUUGAAGAAAACUCUUAACUGCCUUUCUCCUGGUUUCAUGACAGUGUUAUUCCUUUUUCUAUAAAUAUAUUUUUAUUUAGGAAAAAAGUCAGUGAUUCUAAUUGUAUCACGUUACAAGAAAGCACUCUGUGGAUCAACCUAAGUGGGUACACAAGAAUUUUUUUUCUUGAUGUAUGUAAGCACAUUUUGUUCCUUUAUAUCUGUUUACAAGACUGUGAAUCAAAAAGACAAAGCUUUCUUCCUAGUUUUUAUAAUGUUUUUUCGAAUUAGUGUGACUGUGGGGUUGAACUACAGUCUACAGAGAUUGGGAAAUCAAAGUCACUCAGCCCCCAGAAGGGCAUUUCCCUCUCCUGCCUCAAGUCUGCCUGGCUGUUCUCCCAUUGUUGAACACUUUUGGGUUUUGUCCUUGCACCUGUUCACUGGUAUCCUCUCCUCAAUCAUUUAACCUCCUGAGAGCUCACAGUACACGUUGAUGUAUAUAACUGGCUUUACCAAAUUGAAUGAAAAAGAAGCUUGUGCAAAAAAAUUUAAAAACAGAUGUCAAGAUGUUAUGUAAGAGAUUAGUGUAAUUGUGAAAUGUUCUAUACAUUAUCAAAUAUAUAAAGCUUUCUAUAUUGAAUGUACAUUAUACAGAUCAUUCAUAUGUGUACAUAAAAUUUUAAAAAUAAAGGGAACUGACUGCUUUGUUAAUGA